GUGUCAGUGUCAGUUUCACAAAACUAACGAAAAUUCUCAGUUUAACAAAAUCUAAGCCACACUUUUGGCCUCUACAAUGUCACAUCAGCCCUUCCCCCACGCCGACGAUGAGGAGGAGCCGCCCAAACUUGAGCCAAUUAUCAGUGCGAUGAAGUGCGAGCAGACGGGACACAUUAUGGAGGCCAUUCUGUUGUACGAGGAGAGCAUCUACAAGCUGAAUCAGAUGUGCGAGACGGAGCCCAACAAGAGGCAGCUGUGCGGCAAGUAUAUGAUGAUAUACGAGUCCCGGGCCAAGCAGCUUAGGGAUCAGGUGAAGAGCCACUUGCAAGCCAGCAGGGUGCUGGACCACAUCAGCAUUGAGCGUGAUUCGCGCGGCAAGAGCUAUCAGCGACUGUUCGGGGCCUAUCUGGACGACAGUGUCAAGGAGGCGCACAUCAAUGAGCCGCACCUGACGGACCAGAAUCAUAUUCGGAAUCUACUGAACUUCCUGGAAGUGCUGGUCAAGAACUGUCGCUUUUUGAAGUACAUUCGCCUCACCACCCGUCCAGAUCCCGUUGUGCCCAGGAACCAGCAGCUCAUCCUAGAACAGAUACGCUCAGAUCUGGCCACCGGCAACAUUCAGCUGCACUACCAAAUGGACGACACCCUGCACGACCGCAAGAUCGUGCUCAGCUCGGGUGUGGUGAUCAAGAUUGGUCGCGGUCUGCACUACUUUGAGGCCAGUGACAAUAGCCACAGCCUGGGCUUGUGCGACUUUGAUUUUCGCAAGUGUCAGGCCACCGAGGUGGACAUCUGGAAGUGUCGGGCCUUUGCCAAGAAGCCCAAGAACCCGGGCGAGCCACACAACGACGAGGAACAAUCGCACCCCGAGACGGAGGCUCCCGGUUACUCCAGUGACUAGAGGAGAGGGCGACUUAUCACCCGAAAUAGUACUAGAAAUCAAUAAAAGCAGCUGUCGUUAAUCGCUGGAAAGUCA